UGGUGAGUCUGAACAUUUUUCCUGAUGUGAUGCUUGUCUACAUUCAAAUUUUAAUCAUUGUGAAUAAAAAUUGGUUUAAUCGGAGACACUAAAGUACGUUGUUGGUGUACUUAUACACUCAGUUUCGUAGUUAUGUUAAUACUAUGCGAAGUUAUUAGACAAUUUUAUUGUUUUCCAAGCCCAUGCUAGCGAACGUUAGCUACCAUGUUAGUAGCGAACGUUAGCUUUGUGAUAAGUGGUUCUGUUGGCGAAAUGCUAGCUAACUGGAUUGCGAGACUUUGCUUAAUUUGUUUCUGCAAUUGAAACGAACUAUUGUUAUUGUCAAUCCAAAUAACAUUUGUCUAGUUGUUUGCUUUGAGACGGAGUUUGUUGUCUAACAAACUGACGUUAGUCUUUUAGCUAAACUGGGGACAGAUUUUAGCGCUGCACAGACAUUGUUCCAGUCGAAACUAGAAAAGUGCGGCAGCCUCAGCCUGCUGAAUCAAUGGCGUACUCAUCAAAUGCUAACUGUUAGCUAGCCAUUCUCUGCGUUGAGGAUGCAUGCUGUGCUAGGAGAACAUCAAAAUCCACGACACAUUUAUUAACAAUGGCAGAAGGCGAGCCACAGGUCCAGUUCAAGCUUGUGUUGGUUGGCGAUGGAGGAACGGGAAAGACUACUUUCGUCAAAAGACAUUUGACGGGAGAGUUUGAGAAGAAAUAUGUUGCCACUCUGGGAGUGGAGGUGCACCCGCUGGUCUUUCACACUAACAGAGGGGCCAUCAAAUACAACGUGUGGGACACAGCCGGGCAGGAGAAAUUUGGAGGGCUCCGAGACGGCUACUACAUCCAAGCCCAGUGUGCGAUCAUCAUGUUUGACGUCACGUCUCGAGUCACCUACAAGAACGUACCCAACUGGCAUCGUGACCUGGUGCGUGUCUGUGAGAACAUUCCCAUAGUCCUCUGCGGCAACAAGGUGGAUAUCAAAGACCGUAAAGUCAAAGCCAAGAGCAUUGUAUUCCAUCGCAAAAAGAACCUCCAGUACUAUGACAUCUCUGCUAAGAGUAAUUACAACUUUGAGAAGCCCUUCCUGUGGCUAGCACGGAAGCUGAUUGGAGACCCCAACCUGGAGUUUGUGGCCAUGCCCGCCCUCGCCCCCCCAGAGAUCCUCAUGGACCCCUCCCUCGCUGCGCAGUACGAGCACGACCUCAAAGUUGCAUCAGAAACAGCGCUCCCAGAUGAAGAUGAUGACCUUUAACCUGUUACAUAUGACCCCCCCUACCCCCGCGUGGCAGGAAGUUGUCUGAGUUUGGCCCCUUUACUGUAAAAUCCCGUUGCAGAUUUAUUUUUGAACUCUAUUUUUUUGUUUUGCUUGUGUUUUAAAACGGAAAGAAAUACAAACAUGGUGAAGUCGUGUGGUUCUCUAGUUUCACUGUAAGACACACCGCCCUAGUGUUGGCAUGGCAAUGUUACUCACCAUCAUCAAGCACCACCCUCUGCCCUUCCCCGGCACACACGCUGGGCUAAGGCCGACUGACCGGAAGCACUUGGGGGGGGGGGGGAAAUAAACUUUGAAUAAAAACAUUCUCAAUAUAA